AUCAGUGCUAUAAUAAGAAGCAUAUAUUUUUCAAAUUUAAAUCAGUCAUGUCUUUCGCCAUCUGUGAACAAAGUAACUAAACAAAAAUUUCGUAGCUUGCAGAUAUCACUAAAAAAUGAUGAAUUAAUUAUGGAGUUUUCUACAAUGUUCAAAAAAUUGAAAGAAAAAGUUAUAGACUCUCAAACGUCGCAGAGAUUCCAGCAAAUCACCCAAUCAGUGAGUGAUAAGUUUCAAAAUUUGGAAAAGGAUGAUAACUUUUUCUCACUGACAGAAGAUGAUAAUGCUCUGAAUUCUUCUACUUCGACGUCUUUGGAACCUGGGUUUUCAAAUAUUUCACUAACAUCUACCCCUCAAGAAAACAUAAAUAGACAACGAAAAACCUCAAUAUCUUCGAUGACUAGUGAAGCAUCUUUUCUUCCAAGAUAUGAUUCAGUAUCUAGUAUUUAUCAUCUUCAGUCUGAUUUGGAUGUAUCUGCUAGCGAAAUGGAGGAUAAUAUAUCAACGGCAUCUUCUCAAAUGGGACAUCUUUCUAAGGAACAAAUUUAUUCAGCUUUUCAAAAGUCUCAAAUGAGAUAUCACAAAUAUAGAGGCAGAUUCACAGAUUUGUCUAACCAUUAUAAAAAUCUAGAAAGGGAGUUCAAUAAAUUGAAGACUGAAUUGGAAAAAAAUCAAGAAAGAUCCUUCAGAAGAGUGAAAGAAUUGAAGGAGCAAUGUGAAUUAGAACAGAAAGCAAAAGCACAUCUUGAAAGUAGUUUAAGAGUGGAUUUGGAUGAAAAAGAAUAUCAGAUAGGUACACUCAAAGAAAAAAUAAACAUCUUACAAAAUAAUUCUAAUAUGAACGUAGAUAUUGAACAAUUAACCAAAAAUUUAAAUGAAACAAAACAAGAAAAUGAAAAUUUGAAUACUACGAAUCAAGAAAUUAAAGCUAAGCUAAUUAUUUUGCAAAGCAAGGAAGAUGAAUAUAAGGAAAAAAUAAAAAAAUUAUUAGAAGAAAUGGUAAAAUUAAAGGAAGAAGAAAAAGAAAACAAUUUGAAACUGGCAGAGAGUAAGAUGAUGAUCCACAAUGAAAUGUUAAGCAAGGAGAGAGAACUCAGUGAUUUACGAUUGGAAAAUGAAAAUUUGAAGAAGAAUUUGGAAAUUGAGUCUAAAAAUAAUGCUAGCACAAAAUUGGAACAACUACAGAAUCAAAAUAAAAAUCUUAUUGAAAAGGUUGAAGUUUUGUCUCAGAAAUGUCAAGGACUAAAUAAUGAAGUUCUUAAACUAGAACAGUACAAACUUGAAAUACAGAAUUUGAAAACAAAAAUCAGUGAAGAAAAAUCUGCCCACGAUAUAGAGAUCAUUCGACUGACUGAAGAAAACAAGGAAUUGAAAGAAAAAUUCUUCAAGGAAAGGCAAGAACAAGUGAACAUCAUUGACAAUUUAGAAACAAUGUUGUUCAAAAAUAAAGAAACUUAUGAAUUAGAAAUUGAUAAUUUGAAAAAAAAAAUUGAGGAUUCCUCAUCUGAAUUAGAACAUUCAAAAAAAAAUUAUGAAGAUCAGAUUGAAAAGCUACGAGAGGAAGCUAAACAAGGUAUAAUAUCUCUACAAGAGAAAAUGAGAGUCAAAUUUGAAGAAGAAUUCAAAAUUAAAGAAAUAUCAAUCAAAGAAGAAUUAGAGGAAAAUUUGUUGUCCUCUCUAGGAGUUGAAGCUUUACAAAAUAAAAUUGUAACAUUAGAGAAAGAAAGGAACAACAUAAUGCACAAAAUGGAUGCACUUAAAGAAGAAUUUGAAAAAUUAUCAGAAUACAGUAACAAUGAUAAGAAGAUAAUUGAGGAAUUCAACGAAAACUUGAGAAUUAAUCAACAAAUUGUUGCAGAAUAUAAAGAAAAAGAGAAAGAUUUGCAGGAAAACUGUGGAGCAUUGAUGAGUGAAAAAAAAAACUUAGAAAAUAUUAUCCAGAGUCUAAGGGAAGAACUAACAAAAAACAAAAUAGAAUCAGAGACUAAAAAUGCAAUACUGAGUGAACAUAAAGAUUUACUUCUUGAAUAUGACAGAAUGAAAGGAGAAUAUGAAAAUUUAAUGAAACAAAAUGAAGAAAAGCAAAAAUUAGCAGAGAAUUCUUAUAUAGAAAAUCAACUUUAUGAAAACAAGGAAGAAUUAAUUAAAUUAGAACAAGAAAAAGAAAUUUUAGGGAACACUUGUAGUGAACUUCAAGAAAAAAUAAAAAUAUUGGAGAUGAAACUAGAGGGAGAUGAAUGCUGUAAACAAGAAUGUAAGAUGUUAGAUCUUAAAUUGAAGGAAUUGUUGAAGGAAAAUGAAUAUUUGGAGAGAAAAUCUAAUGAAAUGGAAAAGAGAUUCAAUGAAAUGAGGGAGUACUUACAAAAAAAAGAAGAAGAAUUUAAUGAAGUGAAGUCACUUUUUGAAAAUCUAAAAGCAAGUUCAUCUGAAGAAAUUAAAAAGUUGAAUAAUUUAGUUGAAACUCUAACACAAACAGAAGUAAAUACAAAAGAAAAAUUAGCAGAUAAAGAAAGAAAUUUAGAAGAUUUAAUAAAAGAAGUUGAGGUGAAAAUACAAUAUAUAAAGAACUUGGAGGAGAAUUACAAACUUUUAGACAAGAAUGAAAAAGAUUUGAAAAAAGAAAUUGAAAAGUAUAAAUCAGAAAAUGACUCAAAAUCGAAAGCAUUUGAAAUACUAGAAAAUGACUACAAUGAAAUUCAGAAAUUAUAUUCAACUGAAAAGAAAGAUAUAAUGAAACAGCUCAAUAUUUUAAAGCAAGUAGAAAAAAAUUAUUACAGCUUGUUAGAUGAAAAUGAAAAUUUGAAGGAACAAAUAUCAGAAAUAGCUAUUCUACAAGAGAAAUUGAAAAGUUUGAGUGAAGUAGAGAAAGAAAAAAUUGACUUGAAAGAAAACAUAAAUGAGAUGGAAAAAAAAAUUGCAAUUAUAGAAUCUCUGAAUAAAGAAUAUGAGACAAAGUUAGAAUAUUUGGAAGAAUCGAAGGAAGAAAUCAAUAAGUUGGAAACUGAAAAAAAGCAAUUAUUUGAAGAAAUUGCUGUUUUGAAGGAAAUCAAAGAAGAAAAGAAUGCUGCUCAGAAAGAAUUGAGUGAUAUGAAGAAUAUAUUGCAGGUUGUUGAAAAUAAAUAUGGAAUAGUACAAUUAGAAUUUGAUAAUUUUAAAGAUAUAGCAGAUUUAGAAAAGAAAGAUUUAUUGAAUAAAUAUGAACAGUUAGAUAAAAAGUACAAAGAACUUUCUGAUGGAAAAAAUGAAGUUAUUCAAACAAUUCAAAAUGACUAUCAAAGAAUUCAACAAAAUUAUGAUCUCCUUGAAAAUAGCAUACAAUCUGAGAAAGAAGAAUUAAACUUGAAACUUAUCAGUAUUGAAAACAAAUACAAAGAAGUUUGCCUAGAAAAGAAUGAUUAUCUCCAGAAUAUAUCACAAUUAGAACAAGAAAAACUAGAACUUACUCAAAAACUUGAUAAAAUCUUGGAGGAAACUGAUAAAAAUGAUAAAAUGAGAGAAGAUAUGAUAAUUGACAAAGAAAAAUUUAAAUCAAAACUUUCUGAAAUUGAAAUUUCAAAACAAAAACUGGAUAGUUUAUUGGAAUUGAAUUGUCAAGAGAAUAAUGAAAUGAAGGAAGAAAUUUCAAAACUAAAGGAAACAAUAAAUACAAUAAAUAAAGAAAAACAGAACUUACAGGAAUCUUAUGCAAAAGUGAAUGAUUUAAAUAGCAAACACAAACAAUUACAAAUAGAAUUUAAUGAAUCAAAUAAUAUUUUGAAUAAAUUGAAAGCAGAGAAUGAAAUUUUGAACCAAAAUAAUAAACAAAUAAGUUCAGACUAUAAAAAUAUUUUGGAAGAGAAUAACAAACUUAUUGCUGAAAUAGAGGAAUUCAAAUUGAAUCUAGAGAACUAUAGUGUAGUAAAAGUAAAAUUAGAAGAAGACAAAAUCAAGAUCAAUAUCGAGAAAAAAGAAUUGCUGAGUAGAUUAGAAAAAAUAAUAGAAGAAAACAACCAGCUCAAAAAAGAAAAUUAUGACCUUAGAGAAAACAAAAUAAACAAAGAGAACAAUGAAGUUGAGUUAUUAGAUGUACAACAAAGUUACUAUAAGAUGAAAACAAAACAUGAUGAAUUAUGCUUGGAAAAUAGAGAACUCAAUAAAAAAAUUGAAAAAUUGACUAAAAAUAUUGAAAGUUUUAAGGAAGAAAAAAGAAAAUAUGAAAAUUCGAUAAGAGAGUUGGAGAGACAUCAAAGCGAGCUCAUGAAUGAAAAGUUACUUCUCAAAGAAGAAAUUGAAGAGCUUAAGACUUCUCCUUUGAAUCUUACCAGUGCCAAAGCCUCUAGUUGUGAAAAAAUCAAUAAUUUUAAUAUAUUCAAACAUAAUAGCAUUAUGGAUAACCAUGAAAGCAAGGAAAUUGAGCAGAUGGAGGAAAAGUUAACACAAUUGAAAUCUUUAGAUAUAACCAACAAGGCAACUAUUGAAUUUUAUGAAAAUGAGGUACAAAAGUUGAAGACAAAUAAUGAGAAAUUGAACAGGAGAUUGGAUGAAACACUAGUAACCCUUAACCAUUGUAGUGAAUUAUCGCAAUCGACUGAGUUGGAAUACUUGAAGAAUGUGUUGUAUAAUUACAUGCUUGGAAAAGAAGGACCAGUUCUAGCCAAAGUAAUAGCAACUGUGUGUAAAUUUGAUCAUGAACAGACUGAAGAGAUUCUGAAGAAGGAACAUCAAAAGCAGACAUUGCUUGCUAAACUUGGACUACUUUAAUUAAACAUAACAGCAAUGCCAUUUGGUGUCAUGACUUAGUAAAAGGCUUGUUUUUGAAGACUGUCUACCCAAAAAUAUUGCCUCUUGUUCGAGAUAGAUAAUUCUGGAUGUGUAAAUUACCCCUUAACAUUCCUUAAACUUUUGGAUAAGAAAGAGACAUUUGCAAAUUGACAGAAGCCUUAAAAUUACUUAAAGUAAAAUGCAGGGAUUUUAAAGAACAACUUCCUUGGCAUACCCCUCAUUGGGAAAUUUGAUAUUUUGUAUUUUUUUACAAUAUCGCAAUAAUUGUUGAACUAUAAGUAUUUAAUGUGAUUUUUGUUUUUUGAAUUAUGUAAUAAUAGGAUUAUUGGUUACUAAAUCAGACUAAAUAUUUAUUUCGUGUUUGUGUAGCUUAGGUGUUUUGUAAAUUAUAUCUUAAAGUUGUUGCACUUUUUACCCAAAUUGUUAUAAUAAAAUAAUUUUAAUCAA